CAGUUUCACAAUAGACGUUUAUACACCAUUCGAUAGAGAAUUUCAAGAGCUACAUUUUGCACUAUUUGUAUUUCAAGAUAGAUAAAAUCGACUUUUUGGCCUAAUGUCCGCUUAGUUGCCCACUGUGAGUCAGCCUCGAAUGUAACUGAGAUUAAGCAAGAAAAGUUUAUAAGAAAACACUCAGCUUGUGUUUUUAUGAAAGUUAGUAGUUACUGGUAGUUAAAUUAACUAGUUAGUAGUUAGAACACCUACUAACUAAGGUAGUUAGUAACUACAAUAACUGCUAAACGAAAAAGUUAGUCAGAUAAUCCAAAAUUAGAUGAUACUACUUCUGCUACUGCAUGUCUUCUCGCUCUUUCAUAUACCUUGGUGUCUUCUGAUGCCACAAGCCCUUUUGGUGCUUUUUUGUGAUAUCCUACCUUUGUGUAAAAAUAAAUUUCAGUUCAGUUCAGUUCCGUUUGCACUGCUCCUGUUCUUAGUCCUUCAUUUUGAUUGAUAAUCUCAUUUCUUUUGUUCUCCACCUUCGAAAAAUGCUUCACAUGUUUUGUUGGCACCACCUUCUGUAAUAGUUUCAGAUAAUUUUGUCGUGGUUUUGAUGUUCUUGAUGAACUAAAUUCUAUUGUAGAGUCAUGUGUUGGAGCUGAAGUUAUUGCUAAUCUAACUCUGAUGCUUCUCAAUCACCAGCUGUUGUUAUUCCUUCCACUUUGUUUGCUGCUAAUGCUCCAUGUUCAUCGAGCUCUUUGGUCUUUUCUGUACCAUCACCUAGCCAUGAAUUAGUACGUAAACAAGCAACAGAGAAUUACUUAACUACGGCAAAUAAAAAACAAAAAUAUUACGAUGAACAUUUAAGAAACUUGGCUGAUAAAUUUAAUCAAGGAGAUUGUGUUGGUAUUAAAAUUCAUGAUGUGGAUAGAACUAACACAGAUCCGAAAAUUUUGCCAGGUGUUAUUCACAUGAAAGAGAAAAAAAGUGAAGAUUUUGUUUUUGAACUUACUUGUCAGUUUGGAAUACUGACUACGAAGUUUGAUGUUGAAAGUCUUGUUGAUUUAAAAACAGCUUGUCAGUCAAAUUGA